GUGGGUGGAGGUUAAAGGGGAGGUUUGUGUUGACAGUGCGAUCAGCUGCAGACUGUGGACUCUCAGUAAACACUGGUAGUUAGUUAUUAACGCAGCAGAAACAGUGAAGCAUCGUCUGCGUCCACGGCUUCAGCUCAUCACACACAACAACAAGCACCAAAGACGUGACUGCUUCGUCUGAUUGGCCGCAGGUUUGAUCGAGGUCAUGUCCCACCUCGCCCUGUGCGUGUGCGCUGCCGUCGCUCUGUGGUCGGUGUCGGUCAUCAGUCUGACAGUGUUCACGGACCCCCCCCAGGCUCACAUGCUGCUUCGCUCUCGUCGGGCCAACUCCUUCCUGGAGGAGCUGAAGCCGGGCUCCCUGGAGCGGGAAUGUAAUGAGGAGAAAUGUAACUUUGAGGAGGCCAGAGAGAUUUUCCAGACCAGAGAAGCUACACUGGAGUUCUGGACAGUUUACUCAGAUGGGAACCAGUGUCUGUCCAACAUGUGUGAUCAUGGAGACUGUGUGGAUUUGUUCCAAGCCUAUGCGUGCCGCUGCCAUCCCGGAUACGAGGGCAAAUACUGCCAGUACACUCGAACAGCCACUAACUGCUCCGUGGAUAAUGGCGGCUGUGACCACGACUGUACGGAGAGCAACGACGGCCUGUCGAGGACCUGCAGCUGCGUGAGCGGAUACAAGCUGGCCGACGACUCCAGGAAAUGUACCCCCAAAGGUCGAUCGUCCUGCGGGCAGCUGCUGGCCACCAGCACUUCAUACACCAAACCAAUGGAAGGCCUCCGCCCCUGGAUGGUGGGAGGGCAGGUGGGCAAGAAAGGGGAGAGUCCCUGGCAGGUGCUGGUCUUGGACUACAGGAGCCGGUUUCACUGUGGGGGUGUCCUCAUCGAUGAGAGCUGGGUGCUGACAGCUGCUCACUGUCUCGAGAACAGCCUGACGUUCAGCGUACGACUGGGCGAUUACGAGCGUCUCAGAUACGAAGGCAGCGAGGUCACCGUGGAAGUCAUCAAGGCUUUCAAACACCCAAACUACAACAGUCGGACAGUGGACAACGACAUCGCCCUGCUGCGCCUGCAGACCCCCGCCCAGGUCACCGAUUACAUCGUCCCUAUUUGCCUGCCGGGACGUGAGAUGGCCGAGCGGGUGCUCCACCUGAACGGCACCAUCACGGUUGUGACCGGGUGGGGCAAAGAGGACAUGAACAGUACGGCUCAGUACAGCUCGGCGCUCAACGUCAUUGAAAUCCCGCUGGUCAGCCACAGCAUCUGUACUCAACAGAUGUUCCCCCACAGAAUCUCCAACAACGUCCUCUGUGCCGGGAUCCUCGGACAGAGGAAAGACGCCUGCGAGGGUGACAGCGGCGGGCCGAUGGUCACUCUGUACCGGAACACCUGGUUCCUGGUCGGCCUGGUGUCCUGGGGCGUGGGCUGCGGAGAGGUGGACAAACUGGGAAUUUACACAAAAGUGUCCAACUACAACGACUGGAUCCACAAAGUGCGUGACGAGUGGGACAGUGGCCGUCACCAAGAAAGGCGCCCGGGUAUCUGAACCGUCUUCACCCAGAACAGCAGCUCCAGGGUGUGCUCUGUUAAACCCACAUCACAAUUGUAACACACUUUGUUAAAUAAACUGAUUCACCAUCAA